AUGGCGGCUCCCUGGUUGGAGAGUUUAGCUGAAUACUUGGGCUCUCCAGAACCAGCCGUGCGAUUACUUCUGUCCAUUUUAUUAGGAUAUCCCUUUGCGUUGUUUUACAGGAGGUUUGUUUUUUACCAGUCUCCGUUUGUUGUUCACCUGUUCCACACCGUCUCUGGACUCUCACUGGCCGCGUUUAACUUCGGGUCUCAGGUGUGUCACUCGGCAUUAUGUAUACUGGUCCAGUUCCUCUUCCUCAGGUUGCUGGGACGGACAGUGACCGGAAUCCUCAGCAGCUUCAUCUUUCAGAUGGGCUAUCUGUUGGCAGGGUAUUACUGCACGGCGACGGAUCAGUAUGAUAUCAAAUGGACCAUGCCCCACUGUGUCCUCACACUCAAACUGAUCGGUUUGUCGUUUGAUUACUAUGACGGUGGAAAGGAUCCAUCCCAGCUGAAUGCGGAGCAGCGGAAGUCAGCUCUGGUCCAUGUCCCGUCUUUGUUGGAGGUGUGUGGAUUCUCCUAUUUCUACGGUGGCUUUCUGGUCGGUCCGCAGUUCACGAUGAAGAGUUACCAGCAGCUGGUAUCUCGAGAAUUGUCAGACUGCCCCGGACAGCCACCCAACAGUGUUUCUCCCGCUCUGAAGAGGUGUGGUUUGGGUUUCCUGUUCCUGGUCAUCUUCGCCAUCGGUGGGCCGUAUUACCCAGACAGUUACUUCCUGACAGAUGAAUAUGAGGCCCAGCCUUUUUGGUACCGGUGUGUGUACAUGUUGCUGUGGGUCAAAGUGAACUUGUAUAAAUACGUCAGCUGCUGGCUCAUCACCGAGGGCGUGUGCAUUCUGUCAGGACUGGGCUAUAGAGGACAGGACGAGAAAGGGGAGCACCAAUGGGACGCCUGUGCUAACAUGAGGGUGUGGUUAUUCGAGACCACGCCCCUCUUCCAAGGGACCAUCAACUCCUUCAACAUAAACACGAACGCGUGGGCGGCCAAGAACGUGUUUAAGCGGUUGAAGUUUUUGGGGAAGAAGCUGGCGUCUCAGUUCGCCACCCUCCUGUUCCUGGCCGUCUGGCACGGCCUCCACUCCGGCUACCUCAUGUGCUUCUCCUUGGAGUUCAUCAUCGUCAACGUGGAGAAACAGGCUCAGGGGUUGGUGAGGGACAGUCCACUCCUGACCAGAAUAGUCAACAGUCACCUGUACCCUCUCCUCUACCUGGUCCAGCAGUUUAUUCACUGGUUAUUCAUGGGCUAUCCACUGGUCCCAUUCUGCCUCUUUACAUACGACAAAUGGCUCAAGGUUUAUUCCUCUGUUUAUUUCUGUGGUCACGUCUUUUUCUUCACUGCCUGGAUCCUGAUUCCACACCUCCGCAAGAUCCUGGUACCUCGGAGGAGAGAGACAGAAAAAAAGACUGAGUAGGAAGGGUUUCCUCCCACGGGGUUUUUUCCUCCCCUGGUGCAGACGGGCAGAAGGAGAGACUUUUUUUUACGGAGCAACACCAGAAUGGAAAACCAUUCUCAAGGCCUUUAACGUUUUAAAGAUAUGUAAACACACACAGUUAUACGCCUGCCUGAUGUAAACAAACAAACUAAAACAAAAACAAAAACAAAACUCUUUGAUAUGUUGUCGUGUUGCUGACGGUGGCAGAAUGGGGAGCUGGUGAUUUUGGGUGUUGGGUGA